ACCAAAUAGAACACAUCAUAAGCACAACGCUAGAAAUAAAAUAAUCAUUUAUUAUGUCUAGUACUACAGAUAACAUACCCCUAUGGCUGAAAUCAAAUUUAUUUGAGAAUAUUUUACACGAAACUUUGGGAGGCUUUAAAAAAAUACUUAACUUUAAAGCUUUUCCCGCUUUAGCGCCAGGAGAAAAUUACGCCACUCUCAUGAUAAAAGUAGUAAUAGAAGUUCUACUUAAUAAUGGCGAUAAGCAUGAACAAAGUUUUAUGCUGAAAGUAGCUCACGAUACUGAAUUGUAUCGCAAAGAGAUGAGCAAAUGGGAUAUGUUCACCACCGAAGCGGGUAUGUAUCAACAAAUUGUGCCCGAAUUUGAGAAAAUGUAUGCCGAUGUUGGUGAGAAAAUUAAAUUUGGUGCAUUGUCCUACAAAUUGCCCAUACAACAGGAUUAUAUACUUCUGGAAGAUCUUUCGAAAAAAGGUUUCAAAAACUCUCCUAGACAGGAUUGUUUAGACAUGGAACAUUGCAGAGCAGUUUUGAAAAAGAUGGCUCAAUGGCAUGCUGCUUCAGCAGUUAGAAUUGAAAAGAAAGGACUUUACGAACACAAAUUUUCGAAAGGAAUGCUAAUAGAAAAUGGCAAAGAUCUUUUCAAAACCAUGCUCGACAGUUCCCUAAAGCAUUUACUCAACUCGGUCAGGAAACUGCCUAAUCAUACAGAAUACCUACAGCAGCUGGAAGGCUUAAGGGAACACAUAACCGAUUUAUUUUACGAACAAUGUUCCCUCGAUGAGCAAGAAUUUAAUAUUUUGAACCACGGAGAUUGCUGGUCUAAUAAUAUUAUGUUUCAAUAUGACAAAGAGGGAAAACUGCAAGAAACUUAUUUUGUAGACCUACAAAUACCAAGUUAUGGUUCUCCAGCUCAAGAUUUGUUGUACUUCAUUAUAUCUUCAGCUCAAUUGGACAUCAAAGUUAAUAAAUUUGAUUAUAUGAUUAAAUACUAUCAUGAUAAUUUAGUAAAUCAUUUAAGGAUUUUAAAAUACGGAAAGUCUGUACCAAAUUUAAGGGAUUUACAUACAAGUUUAAUAAGACAUGGUAAAUGGGGUUUACUUGCUGCUCUUGUUACCAUGGCUGCUGUUUUGUGUGAUCCCACCGAUAAAGCUUCGGCGGAUAAUUUAAUUGGUGAUUGUCAAGAAGCGGAUAAAUUUAAGGAAAUGAUGUUUUCUAACGAACGUAUUAGCAAGCAUUUACAAGUGAUUUUACCUUGGUUUUGCUAUAGAGGAGUUCUUGACCAUUAAGUGCUGAUAACAUUAUAAUAUAAGAAUUAACUCUAUUAAAUAAAACUGUAGAACCCAGACGAAAUUAUUAUCUACUAAUAAAUAUAUAUGAACAAAUUAACACACUCAAA